GGUCACAUUGUUAGUUAUAUUAUAGAAGGAAAAACGUUGUAAAUUGGCCUAAUUUUUUAUUAAAACUUUUCGUUUAGACUCAGCGCGAGUCUAUUUUGCUCAGGAGUUGCGAAUAAGUUAGAGAACAUUCGUAUUGGGAUAUUCGAACUGGGAUGGAGUCCGCUACAAAUCUGUUACAGCGCAACAGCUUGGGCAGCGACAAGGAGGCGGCCAGUUCAAGCGCCAAUGGCAAUGAUCUGGAUUCGGGUGUGCCCUCAUCGGGGGAUAUGGUGAAUACGCCAGUGACGCAGAGCGUCAGUGGCAAUUAUGAUGACGAUGAGGACAUUUUCGAGCAGGUCACAAUGAUAUUGCGCAAGCGACGCGGUUGGGGAGCACAGGAUUCGCUUAGCCACAAUGAACUUGAUCUCGAUCUGCUUGAGGAUGACGACGAUGAGCUGGUCGAGGAGGACGAUGUCGGCUGUCCGCUGCCCUCAACGCCAGAGGACACUCAGCUCAUUGAGGCCGAGAUGACCGAAGUUUUAAAGGCUGGCGUUCUCUCCGACGAAAUCGAUUUGGGCGCCCUUGCCCACAAUGCCGCCGAGCAGGCUGAAGAAUUUGUGCGCAAGGUCUGGGAAGCGAGCUGGAAGGUUUGUCACUAUAGAAACUUGCCCAAAUGGCUGCAGGACAAUGAUUUUUUGCAUCGUGGACAUCGUCCGCCUCUGCCUUCGUUCCGGGCAUGCUUUAAAUCCAUAUUCCGCGUCCACACGGAGACGGGCAACAUCUGGACGCAUCUACUGGGCUGCAUUGCUUUUAUUGGCGUAGCGCUAUACUUUGUAUCACGCCCAACCGUUGAGAUACAAUUUCAGGAGAAGCUCGUUUUUGGCGCUUUCUUCAUUGGCGCCAUCAUUUGUUUAGGAUUCUCAUUCGCGUUUCAUACACUGAGUUGCCAUUCUGUUGAGGUUGGAAGACUAUUUUCUAAGCUGGACUAUUGUGGAAUUGCACUACUUAUAAUGGGUUCCUUUGUGCCUUGGCUUUACUAUGGCUUCUAUUGUCACUAUCAGCCAAAGGUGAUAUAUUUAUCUGUAGUUUGCGUACUCGGCUGCCUCUCCAUCAUUGUGUCGCUGUGGGACAAGUUCUCGGAGCCGAGUUUGCGUCCGCUGCGUGCUGGCGUAUUCAUGAGCUUUGGCCUAUCGGGGGUCAUUCCGGCCAUUCACUACAGCAUCAUGGAGGGGUGGUUCAGUCAGAUCAGUCGCGCCAGCCUCGGCUGGCUUAUACUAAUGGGCUUACUUUAUAUACUCGGCGCUUUAUUAUAUGCUUUGCGCGUCCCAGAGCGCUGGUUCCCCGGCAAAUUUGAUAUAUGGUUCCAAUCGCAUCAGCUAUUUCAUGUGCUCGUUAUUGCCGCUGCCUUUGUGCAUUAUCAUGGUAUCUCCGAAAUGGCCAUGUAUCGCGUUACAGUGGGCGAAUGUACCGUGCCAAUUGAGCCGAUAACUUUCUAAAAGCUCUAGCAAAUAUUAAUAAUCGCUAUAGUUACACACACAAUCAUAUGCACUUAUUAAUUAAAAUCCAUACACACAGAAACAGAAAAACACACACCCACACACACUAUCACACACAGAACAAACACACUCAUCACAAACUUAGCGCAGUUUAACAAUGCAGCCAUUUUAGGGUUUGGCAUGCAUUUGGACUUUCUUUAUUUUUUGUUCAAAACGAAAAUUUUGUUGAUGAAUCCAUGGAUGUGUGUACCCGGAAUUAAGAAUUAAAAAAAAUGCAUUAUAUAAAAUACUUAGAAAACCACGUUUAUUAUAAUCGAAUGAAAUCUGUAGUAGUUUAAUUAAUAUAAUUAUUUAUAAAAACUUCUAUUUAAAUAAUUUUAUUUUAGAUUCUUAUUCGAAUAGUUCAUAUAUGGCUGGCAACAUUUUUUGUUUUAAUCUGAAGUAAAAUGGCAUAGUAGAAACCAUUAAAAAAUGCGUUGCACUCAGGGGAAUAAUAAUUAUUAAACUUCUAUGGCCAGUUCAGGUAAUUAUUAUAUACUUAAAUACUAUUGAUUUGAGUAUACUUUUUUGACUUUUUUCAAACAGUUAUGUUUUAAUGAUUCAAUGAAAAUACAAAAUACAAAUCGUUAUCUUAAAUUGUUCAUUUUUUUCAUUUUUUAUAACAGUCGAACAUGUGCAUAUACUAUAGCACUCAUUUCGAUUAUAUGCAUAUAAUUAUCGCUAAUAUAACUUGACAAUGCGAUAAAAAUAAAUUGUACAAGACUUCAA